AUGGUGUUCCUGGAGCCUGUCCUAACUGCUGUUGGGUGCAGGUGGGGGCGUUUGGAGACGAGGAGAACAUACAAACUCCACACAGAAAGGUUCCAGCAGGGAUCUGAACCAGGACCUUCUCACCAAAACCAGCUGGAAGCCUUUGCUGUCACAAGAAACAUUGGUUCCAGAUCUCUCUCCUUGUGUGUUUUCUGCUCAUUGAUCUAUCACAGCAAUCUAUCAGCAGAUCGAGCCCAUGUGACAACAACUAUUCCACAUGACAUCUACAAAACUACAGGACCUCCAACUGGACGGCCCACAGCUCUUCAGUACCAACAAAUCCACCCUCGGAACUACCAGUUCAUCAUAGAUAAUGCAGAGGUUUGCAGAAACAAUCCUCCUUUCCUGGUCCUCAUGGUUCCUGUGGAACCCGACAACGUUGCAGCUCGUGAUGCAAUCCGUCAAACAUGGAGCAACAGCAGUAUGGUUCAGGGAAAAGUGGUAGUUACUCUUUUCAUGUUGGGUUUGUCUCCUGGAACGGAUAUGGAAAAGCUCCAGCAGGAAAAUCUUCAGCAUCGGGAUCUGAUUCAGAGCAACUUUAUUGACACAUACAGCAACCUCACUAUUAAAACGAUGGUGAUCAUGGACUGGCUGGCCACACACUGCAAAGACGCAACUUUUGCAGCAAAGAUCGACUCUGACAUGUUCUUAAAUGUUGAUAAUUUGAUAGCCAUGCUGCAGCGACCAGAGAUCCCAAAGCUGAGCUAUCUGACUGGAAGGCUAAUGCAUAACAGGCCGGUAAUUCGCUUAAACUCCUCUAAAUGGUACGUUUCAGAGGAGCUUUACCCUGACUCACACUACCCAACAUACACCUUAGGCAUGGGUUAUGUCUUUUCCAUGGAUCUUCCAGGGAAAUUUGUGGAAGUUUCCAAAUCCGUCAAAGCCUUCAACAUUGAGGAUGCAUAUAUUGGACUGUGCAUGAAAAGGUUGGGACUGUCACCAUCAUCACCACCAAAUCUCUCCCAGUUCCAGACGUAUGUUACGAAAUGCGACCGAUGUGAUCUGUCUAAGUGCAUCACCUACAUCCUGAGCUCUUCUCAAGAGUUGUUAGAUUGCUGGACAGAAUUUAAAAAGCCCGGUCCACGUUGUUAGUGAUGUCAAAGAACAGAUGCCCUGAAAAUCCCAAAGGUGGCUUGUGCACGGUCUUUGAAACAUGUUACCAAACUGAAUCAAAGUGAAAGAAAUGAUACUAAAGAACAAAACCAAAUUGGUUUGUGAGAAAACUAUUAAAUAUGUCAAGGAAAUGUUCAUACUGCAAGCCAUACUCAUGGCUUGCAGCAUCAAAAUAUUCCCUUUGCCAAUGUUUAUAGCCACACAACAAAAAUCCUGUUGUUUUCCUUCUUGUGUUGGUGGAAUGAAGACCAUCCCACAUUAUCUCUUCUGUCUGGACCCAUUCAGUUAAUCAAAUCUGUUCCCAGUUCAGUUAAUGAGUUUUUAUUUAUGUGUGUGAGUUCUGCUCCCAAAUGUUAUUUACUUCAUUGAAUAAGGUUUAUAAAAAACAAUAUAACUGAUCAGUUUAUUUUGUAUCUUUAUUUUUUCUUUUGCAUUUUUCUCCAACACAAAAUACUAAAAUAACAUUUUUUUUUCAAACAGAGUGGAUGUAAAGAUGGAUUGGAAAGUUCUUUGAAAUGUGUCCCUGAAACAAUGUGAAAAUGGUUGCGUUGCAAUUUAUCGUCACGCCACAAGAGGGCGCGCUAACACAACAACUCAUGUAUUCCUUCCUGUUAGCUGUUGUUUUGCAUGCAUGAUUGAUCUUGGUGUGAAUGAACGUAAAGAACAUUUAAAUUGUCUUUUCAUUGUUGUACUAUGAAGUAUUUUAAUAAACUUGCUUCUUGAUCUCUUUUGAAAUGCUGACUUGAAUGUAUUUUCAACAAGUAUUUAAACACAAAUCACCACAGAAGUUAUGUUUUUGACUAAAAGUUAUAUGACUUUUUAACCUUCACAGGUUAAUCUUGAUCUCUGUUGCGCUUUUUUUCCAUCAGAGUCAAACAGAUGUAAAACAGUUUGGCCUAAAAGCAAAUCAUCAAACAUUUGAUCCUUUUCACUGGAAGAUAAAUCUGUUUUUUUUAACAUACACCAAAGGCAUAGGAAAACUGUAAAACAAAAACAUUCUCUGUUUUAUUAUAUCUUAUUGUAUUUACUGUGUUAUUAUAUCAAUUUAAUUUAUUUUCUAUGAAAACUGAUGUUUUAAUGUGUGAAUUCACCUGUUAAUGGAAUGCAGCCUGUUGGUUAACAUGGAUGAAUGAAUGAAUAAAGAGUAAAUGCCUUUUUUUUAUUAAAUAUGCAACA